AUGGUCUCCGGUUUGUGGCUAAUAACGGUGGUUCCUGUUCUUGUGAUGGUUCUCGGUGGUACAACCUUUCUAAAGAUGGUGGUUUUCAGCUCAGUUUACAAACCGGUUUCACACCGGUUCACUCUAAACCAGUCUCAAACCGGUUAUAGUGACAAUAUAUGCGAACCGGUGGGAACUGAUGGUUUGGUUCUGCAUCGGAUCGGUUCUAGCUUGGACCGGUUCAAGGGUGAACAUGUUUUCAGUUCGGAUCGUGAAGCGCAAUACUGGCUCACUGACGUAGAGAUGUCCCAUCGUUCACAACCAUCAGCAGGUGUGCGCUCAGGCUUGGCCGCAAUUGAUGAACAUAAUCGUUCGUGGCACGAAAUUCAAAUUCCGGCUGCUUCAGGAUCACACUCAAAACCGUGUCAGAAUCUACUUCUAGAAACAAAGAACCUCUCAACACUCUUGAAUGUGCUCACAACCUUCCAUUUGCUAUUUCCACUAUCACACCUUGUUCCCACGUCUCAGUAAAGGAAAGAAAAGAAAAGGGAAUGAGUAUACCGAGGGAAAAGAAAGGAAUUGUAUUUUCGUGUUCCUAAGUUCGAAUUCCAAAGAAAAGAAAGGGUAAUAAAAAAAAUGUGUUCCAAAUUUGAAGAGAAAAGAAAAAGAAAACAUGCAGCUUUACAAUUAUACCCUUGUUCGGAACGAUUAAUGUUGUUUUGCCAACUGUGCCGUAUUCAUGCCCAGAUUAUCAACAACUCUAUGUUUCUUUUUGCAGAGUUUUAUUAUUAUUAUUUAAAUUACACAAUGCAUUUAUUGUUACGAAAUACUAGUCUAGCAGGUAUACAACUGAACAUGAAGUGGUUAUACUGUUUAUGUAAAUGGCAUAGCUAGGCUAAUUAUGAGUGAUUGAAAGAACCUA